AUGCUUGGACACUGUGGAGAUACAGGAGGAAUGUCUUUUGUCCUGGCACUUGAAUUCAAGCCUAGUGACAAAGCAGAAAUUAGCCUGGCAUCCCAAGUCAAAGGAACAUUCAGGAGAACUGGGAAGCAGGAUCGGUUCGUCCGAGCAAACCCACACAGGAAGAUUGGAAUCAGGAGGAGGAAUCGUGAAAGACUGCACAGUGCUGAAGAUGAGCCAGAAGUGCCUCAGUUGUGCUGGCUUACUGUAAAAAUUAUAAGCAUGAGAAAUCUCCGCAAAGCAGAUCUGUUGAGCCAAACUGAUUGCUAUGUCAAGCUGUGGCUGCCAACAGCUUCAUGUCGGGAAGCCCGGACAAGAACUGUACACAACUGCAGAAACCCUCUCUGGAAUGAAACUUUCCGCUUCAUGAUACAAAGUGAAGUAAAGAACAUCCUGGAGCUGACAGUCUGUGAUGAGGAUACUUUUACACCAGAUGACCAGCUUUUGACUGUUCGCUUUGAUGUUGCUAAAAUCCAACUUGGAGAAAAAGUUCACCUGAAUUUUCUGUUGAAUCCAGAGAAUCAGGAAGAACUAGAAGUGGAAUUUCUACUGGAAAACAUUCCAGGUGUAUCUGAGAACAUCAUUACUAAUGGCGUACUAGUGUCUCGUGAAGUUUCCUGUUUGGAAGUACAUGUGAAUGAAACAAAAAUGAAGAGAUCUUACACAAGGAGAGAUUUCACGUUCACAAUGAAAGGAUCCUAUGAAGAAAUCCAGGAUGUUUCCAAAGGUCCUGGCUGCAGACAGGGAAGCAGUGAAACCACCAUGUUCCAUUACAUCAAGCACAGUCAACCCAGACUGCACAUGAUGCUGCCAAAGGAGUGUUUUUUCUGUGGUCAUGGCUCAUCUAGGAGGGAAAUGGAUGUAAGUAGUCCCCUGGCUGUGCCUCUCCAUUCUCUGGACUUGGGAAAGAAAGUGACAGUGAUGAGAGGUGAAUCUUAUGAGGUGUCUGUGAAGGAAGCAGAUGGUUGCAAGAAUUUAGAUUUGCGUUUGGGGUUUGAUCUAUGUGCAGAGGAGCACGAUUUCAUCUGUAAAAGGAAGAAGGUGGUUGCUGCUGCUCUGAAAAAUGUUCUUCAUCUAGAUGAAGACCUGCAAGUGGAUGAGGUGCCAGUGGUGGCAGUCGUGACCACCGCAGGGGGCGUGCGGUCCAUGACGGCUAUGUGUGGCAGUCUUCUGGCUCUCCAGGAGUUAGGUGUUUUGGACUGUGUCUCAUACAUCAGUGGUUUAUCUGCCACAACAUGGACCAUGGCAAAGUUAUAUGAAGAUGCAAAUUGGUCACAGAAUGAUCUCAGAGGGCCAAUUGGUGAUGUCAGGAAAAAUGUGAUCAAGAGCAAGCUGCACUGUUUCUCGUUGGAUCAUAUGAAAUACUAUGAAAAGGAGCUUUGUGAAAGAAAGCAAGAGGGGCACAAGCUGUCCUUUACAGAUUUAUGGGGACUCUUCAUUGACUGUAUGCUACAUCAUCAGGAAAGUACUCACAAACUCUCUGAUCAGCAACUGGCAGUAAAUCAGGGGCAGAAUCCACUGCCCAUAUACCUGUCCCUCAAUGUCAAGGAUGACUUUAGCACUCUGGAUUUUAAAGAGUGGGUGGAGUUCACACCUUAUGAGGUGGGUUUCCUGAAAUAUGGGGCCUUUGUUCGUUCAGAGGAUUUUGGUAGUGAGUUCUUCAUGGGUCACCUGAUGAAGAAGAUCCCAGAGUCCCGCAUCUGCUUCUUGGAAGGCACAUGGAGUAAUAUAUUUUCCCAGAAUUUUAUGGAUGCUGUCUACCUCUCGGGUCAUUCAGAGGACUUCUGGCACAGAUGGACCCGAGGCACUGAGCAUGACAUUGAGGAACACCCUGCUCUGCCCAAGAAGCCUCAUGAACAGACAACUUGCUUAUCCAUUCCCAAAGGUUGUCUUUCAAAUACUCUUCGAGAAAUGAUGACUGGACGGCCAGUGGUUUCAACUUACCAUAAUUUCCUCAAGGGCUUGCAGCUACAUAACAAGUAUUUAGAGAAUGAGUGCUUUUGCAUGUGGAAAGACACAGUGCUAGAUUCUUCUCCCAAUCAGCUGAAUGAAAUGGGUGACUACCUCAAGCUAGUAGAUACAGCUUUCUUCAUCAACACCAGCUGCCCACCCAUUCUGAGGCCAGAGAGGAAAGUGGAUGUCAUUUUGCAUUUAAAUUACAGCGGAGGAUCGCAGACUCUGCCACUGGACCUAUUCUCAGAGUACUGUUUGGAGCAUGGGAUCCCAUUCCCAAGCACGGACCUGAGCCAGGAAGACCGGGAACACCUGAAGGAAUGCUAUGUGUUUGAGGACAGCUUAGAGGCACCAAUCUUGGCCUAUUUCCCACUGGUGUGCGAUACCUUCCAAAAAUACAAGACACCGAAUGUGGAACGCAGUCCCACAGAGAUGGAGGAGGGAAGAGUAGAUGUGUCCAACUGUACUGCUCCCUAUGGCACUGGUCUGCUUACAUAUACUGAAGAGAAUUUCAACAAGUUGCUGAACCUGUGCAGAUACAACAUCCUGAAUAAUAAAUGUUUAAUUCUUCAGGCUUUGCAAACUGCAGUGGAACGAAAGAAGCGAUUUAAAAACUGUUCUUCACCUCAGUCAUCUAAACUCUCUUAAAAUAUAUUUUAAUGAAUCUCAGCAGAAGGAGAUAUACAAAUGUUUUGGUAAUGGACUAACAAAUAUUCAGGGAACAUGAAUCCAUACAGAAUGAACAUCCACGUUAGCUUGUUAAAGAACAUGAUGUAUUUUAUUCAGUACUUUCUGUGAGGACUGAUGCUGGUUCUGGCAUUUAAGUCAUUGUCAAAUCGUGAUUACUUUUAAAAAUUCUCUUCACUGUUUUAGGGAAUGGAAAGGCAGUUGUAGAGCUAUAGGGUCCUAUUUGGAUAUACAGUCAUAUAAGAAUGAGAUUUCAACCUCAUAAAAGUCUGUGCCAGAUUUGGAUGCAAAUCUUGGUGGUAUGUGGUGUUUGAACCAGA